AUGACCCAAGAAAGGAGCGAAUGCACUGAAGAUGAAGCAAGAAAAUCGAACGUCGAUGUUCAAGAACUAAAAACUGAAUCACUUCCGAAAGAAAAAGUAGAUGGAUCGAGUACGUGUGGCAUUUAUGUACAGUCUGACACCCAAGCGCCGCCACCUUGUCGGCAAGCGAAACGCCGGCGGACUUCGGACUCUGCCAUGAACGAGAAUGUAUCUGAGACCGAGCAUCGUGAGGAGAAAGAACGAGCAAAUGCGCCAGAAUCUGUCGCGGAUGAAUUUAAUGUGCCACCGAAACGGGAGAAACCGGCUGUUAUUGAAGAGCGGACAGGUCUAAUUCAGUUUCGUGUCGUUACGAAUGAUAACAAACCUGAGUCACUUGUAAUACUCACUGGAUUAAAGCACAUUUUCAUGAAGCAGCUUCCGAAAAUGCCCCGAGAGUACAUAACAAGGCUCGUGCUUGAUCGAAACCAUUGGAGUAUGGCCAUUGUCAAGCGUGGAUUACAGGUGGUUGGUGGCAUCACGUACAGGCCAUUCCCACAUCGAGAGUUCGCAGAGAUUGUUUUCUGUGCUAUUUCAAGCUCAGAGCAAGUCAAGGGUUAUGGCUCACACCUUAUGAAUCAUCUAAAAGAUCAUGUCAAAGACGUGUCGCCCAUAAAACACUUUCUAACAUAUGCGGACAACUACGCUAUCGGCUACUUCAAAAAGCAAGGCUUCAGUAAGGAUAUUUCAUUACCACGGUCUGUCUGGGUCGGGUAUAUUAAAGACUACGAGGGCGGUACACUUAUGCAGUGUACCAUGGUACCCCGAGUCCGAUAUCUGGAAAUACACGACUUUCUUGCAACCCAAAAACGCAUGAUUCAAGCGCGUAUCAGUUCUUUCUCACGCUCCCAUAUCGUAUACCCUGGAUUGGACGUGUUCAAACAAGGCAAGAAGGACGAAAAGCGAGAUAUAACUUCUCAGGCAAGCAAAGUGGAGAUGAUUGUGCAACCGAAUGAGGUGCCAGGGCUUAGGGAGUCUGGAUGGACACCUGAGAUGGAUGAACUUAGCAGCCGAUCGAAACGGGGCCCGCAUUUUGCUGUGAUGCGCCAUAUUCUUGUUGAGCUAAAUGGACAUGCGAGUGCAUGGCCAUUCGUGGUGCCAGUGAAUGCAAAUGAUGUUCCCGAUUAUUACACUGUCAUCACGAAUCCUAUGGAUCUCUCUACGAUGGAAAGCAAAUUGGAAAACAACCAGUACGAAACGGUGGACGAUUUGGUAAAAGAUGCUCAACUUGUCUUUGAUAACUGCAAAUUAUAUAACCCUGCUUCGUCCCCUUACGCCAAGUGUGCAGUCAAGCUGGAGAAGUUUCUGUAUGAACGAUUGCCUCAGUGGAAACAGGCUGCAGGACUUGCGGUGUGA